CGAGACACACACACACACACACACACACACACACACACACACACACAUGUCGAUGACGUUUUUGUGCGUUUCCGCUGGCAGAGAGAAGAGGUCGAAAGACAAAGCAUUUGCAUCAUGUCGAUGUCGGUAGCACAGGUGGCGAAGGCUCUCGCAGAGGUGAUGAAGCAUGCAGAGGAGCGAUUCCACUACAACGGCCGUGGCGAGUUGUCUUUGGUGGAGGAGAGGGUGCCGCGGUACUUUGUUGUUACCGUGGAUAUGAGAUCCACGAUCAUGGCCAACGGCAGUGGUUGCGUACAGGCACGAACACUCUUGGAACAAUUGAGAGAGUCACCUGAUAUUCGUGUGGACAGCGACGCGAAAGACAGCCCAUACAGUCUACAAGGAGUGGUGCAGUGGAUGUGCAGCGAAGGCAUGCGCGACGAAGGACUUGUCGACAUAUCAAUGCAGCAGAGAGGGGGGACCUAUACACCUGUGGCUUUCAGGAAGUUCAUGGUGAGUGUGGCGAAGGGAUGGGACAUGCUUGUUGAAGGGACGAAGGACGAGUUGAAGAGGGGUGCUGCAGAAAUACGAGUGCUGUCCAGAAUCAAGGACAUGACACAAACACCGCCCCAGGACUUUCAAGAGCUUCCCAUUAUUGUUGCAGACGGUGUGGAAUACGUUCUGCUUGACCAGCUAUGUGAUCUCAUGGGGAGGUCAGAGGAUGACAGGAACGUCAUUCAUGAGAUGUUGCACGAAGUCAUAGAGUAUGCCGUGCAGGGUCGAGAUGUCAUUGAGUUUGAGCCCGCGUCGGCAGGAGAGGAGAUCAUUAGUGGCAGACCAUUGUGGGGGGGCUUGUUGGGUUGUGCUCUGGAGCGGCUUGGUCUUGCAACCUGCGAUGUCGAGAGACAGAGAGAAAGGGAAGAGGGUUGGAGGAUGAUUGUCAGCGAAACAAGGUUACCGGUCAUUGAAGAAAUCGGGGAGACAUUAGCAGCACAAGAUACGAGCGGGGCGAUGGUGGUUGACGUGUCUACCUUGCACACACCAUCGACAGAGGAGUUGGUGUAUAUGGACACUUCUGAGCGUUUCUUCUUCGGGGAGCAGCAGGAGGACGAGCACACAGGCGAUGCACAACACAGAGUCGAUGCAGAGGAGGAGGAUAAGGAAGAGUGCGAGGGGUCUGACGUGGAUGUGAGCGGCAGCGACGUCAGCAGCGACGAAGCGGACGACGACAAUGACGUGUACUACGAUCUCAAGACAGCGGGUGGACAAGUAACCAAAGGUUGGGCACAUGCAAUCCUGAGGUUGGCACGAGUAUUUCCCGAUCCGCACAACGUGCUGCGUGUGGUGUUCAAGGGGGCGACACCUGAUGGGGCCAUGCAGUAUGCUGCAGUGACCACCAUAAUGCGAUCCUGCAAGAAGGGGAAAAAAUGGUCAUGUAUCGGCAAGGCAUGGUUUGUUCUGGUGAACAAAGAGGCUGUGCUAGCAACAUCGCUGACAUGGGGACUGAACCUGAGUUGCCUCCUGCAUGGCGCAAUGGCGCAGUGCUUGGGGAGAGACAUUGCACCCCGGCUUGUCGACACGGGACGCAGUAGUUAGUUUUUGAAACCCGCGGGAAAGAAGGACAAGUGCCGGAAGAAAUCGGGGGCUGAGAAGAGGGAGUCGAAAGAGCAUCGCAGAAGCGGUGCCGGCCUCUCCGCGAAAAUGGUGCACAGGCGCAGGCGUAAAUCCGGGUCGAAAGUUACAGUCCCUUCGAGUGAGCGGGACAUUUCAACGCUGAAAGAACGUAACGAGUCACCCCCCUCGACCCCUGUCGGGGGAAAGCGCGGAAGAGGCGCCGGGAACCGUCCGCCGAGGGCCCCAGAAAAAAAAUCGCGGGAUGAUAGAAGCGCGACUACUCACCGGAGUUCAAAGAAGAGAAUAUCCUACAAAGACGAGAGACCAGUGGAGACAAUCGAUCUUGGAGGGUCUGACGACAGGCACAGCACACCCCAAGCGGAAGAAGAGGCGGAACACGACCGUUCCACGCCAGAGAAGUCAGACGGUGCGGAGGAUGAGGAGGGGGGAAACGAGGGAGACGACAGCGGUCCUUCCUGCGGGCAGUCGCAAGACACCGACGAGGACGACAACAGCGACGGCAAAUCGGCCAGCCAGAGUACCGGCGAAGACCGGAGCGCCGCUUCGGAAGGAGAUGAUUCGCCAUCUCCUUCGAGGACGCUGCGCAGCGAAGGAGAACGGCAGGCACGCAAUGGCAGCGACACCGAGGAGCCUGUCGGUGACAGACAAAUCGUGCAGCACGUGAGCGCCACUGGAAAAGGAACGAAAGCGCGCGCAAGGGGCAUAGCCGCGCAAGGACUCAACGAGGAGGGUGCUGUAUUAGCGAAGAAAAUGAAGGGCAAGCUGUUGCGUUCCGUCGCCAAAGCCUUUGCGUUCUCUUCGGCGAACGACGCAACUCUGUACCCUACAGAGGACACGUUUUUCGCGGCGAUGCAAGCGACGGCCAAACUGGCAGGGGGGACAGCAGAGGAAGGGUUGCUGUCUCACAUUGCAGAGCGCGGGAUUCGAGCUGUCAUAGGAGAAAGCAACAGAAUUAUGACGACGAUCCGCGGAGAGAUUACCUGGCAGCUGAAGCAUUGGUUCUGGGCAGAAAAAGGGAUUCCGCUGGUCGGAUCGCAGCAAUCGGACCACCACCUCCCCGCUCGCAACAAGAUGCGCGCCGAGAUGAAAGAGAACAAGACAUGGAGACGGAGCGGCGACGAUCCGUGGGGCGCCCCCGCCUUCAAGACGGCACUCUUAAAAGUUUUCCAGAUGAGGAAGGAAGGACGAAACCUCAGCGUCACCCUGCAGCAACUCGCUUUCGCGGAGAUGGUCAUUCAAUGUGAGAUAGAACAGACAACGAAGACGACACGAGCUGCGGAGCAGAUAGAAAAAUUGGUAUCUAUAAAGCAGGCAAUCGUCUCAUCUCUACGAGCGCGCGACACGGUAAUGAGUUUUUCCGUCUUCAAGCUGGACAAAUCCGUAUCCGUGGCUGAGAAGGCAGCAGCCCUCUUUCGCUGUGGCACCGCGUCUGUCGACAGGCCUGGCCUCCCAAGCACCACAAUAACGGAUGACGAUUACGACGUUGAAUACAUUCUCCCUCAGAGUACACCAGCCGGCGGCAGGGGAGCGCGCACCGACAGUCUGUGCGCCGCACCCUGAAAAUUUAGGGACAGUUUGGCUACAUUUCGACAUGGAAGGGAGGAUGCUGGGCAAUGACCAAACGGUGGAACGGAAGGUUCUUUUUGUA